AAGCCACUAUUUUCAAGCUCUCUCGAGCUUAAAGUGCUUGACGGUUAAUAUUCAGUCCACACACAAACGCAAAUAGCAGAGCGCUGGCCGUGGGGCCAUUAGCCAUGGCCGUGUUACUCCAGCCACACCCUUCGUUCUCUUGGAUUUCCUCGUCUCUCUUCUCUCAAGGCUCAAAAUUAUUGGCUCUAAAACCUCAAAAAAUCCUCUUCAACGGCAACCCAUCUUCACCAUGCAAAGCUUCUUGGCAAGAGCUUGCUGGCGUUCUGGUAUUCUCGGCGAUUCCAUUCACGGCUGUAAAAGCCCUUGCCAAUAGCCCGUUGGGCGAGUCGCUUCAGAGGCGAUUGGAGGAGAGCAAAAAAGUUGCUGUUAAAGAAUCUUCAAAGUUUCAGGCUUUAACCGCAAAAGCCCGUAAAGAGAGGACAUUAGAAUUCUCCAAAUUUUGCAGUUUGUGGUAUGGAGAAGAGCGUCCUCGCUGGCUUGGUCCUAUUCCAUAUGACUACCCUGCUUAUCUUACUGGAGAACUACCUGGGGAUUAUGGCUUUGACGUAGCAGGACUGAGCAAGGAUUCUGUAGCUUUUCAAAGAUACUUCAAUUUUGAAAUACUUCAUGCCCGAUGGGCUAUGCUUGCUGCUCUUGGUGCUCUGGUUCCAGAAGUUCUUGAUUUGUCAGGUGCUUUUCAUUUCAUUGAACCUGUCUGGUGGCGAGUUGGCUAUUCAAAGCUUAAGGGAGACACACUGGACUACCUUGGCAUCCCAGGACUCCACUUUGCUGGAAGCCAAGGAGUGCUUGUCAUUGCUAUUUGCCAAGCCCUCCUCAUGGUUGGACCGGAGUAUGCAAGAUAUUGUGGGAUCGAGGCAUUGGAGCCUUUAGGAAUAUACUUGCCAGGUGAUAUAAAUUAUCCAGGAGGGCCACUUUUUGAUCCGUUGAACCUGUCAAGCGAUGCAGUAGCUUUGGAGGAGCUGAAGGUGAAAGAAAUUAAAAAUGGAAGGUUAGCGAUGGUUGCCUGGUUAGGCUUUUAUGCCCAAGCGGUUUUGACAGGAAAAGGUCCGGUUCAGAAUCUUGUCGAGCACAUAUCAGAUCCAUUUCAUAACAAUCUGCUUUGUGUGCUCAAGUUCAUGUAAAUUUGUGGAGUGUAUAGAAUCACGGAUUUCGUUAUCUAAAUGAAAUUGCUGUUAUUGAAAAAAUCAAGUCUUUCGCCUUGAGUUUCAGGGCAAACAGGAUGAUGGGCCUGGGUUUCCCUAGUAUGGGCCCUCAUCAGUUAUUCCUGAACUUUGAAUUGGUCCUCCACUUAUAUACAGUAGAUGGGAUUUCCUAGCAACA